AUGCAGGGGCUGUUGGUUCCCCCCUCCUGGGGCAGCAACCCCCCGACGCCCUGGCCACCGACCCGCUCAUCCUGGAGUCCCCACACAGGUUCUUCCUGAGGGUGAAGCAGAAGCUGCAGCAGCAGGCACAGAGAGAUCCAACACGUCCAGACUCACUCCAGCAGAAUGUUCCUCCUUCCACAACUACAGAGAAGCCAUUGGUGAAAUCUGCUGCUGUUGAGCAGCUCAGGAAUGAUCCCGCAGAGAAAGAGGCCACCAGUAAGGGUGAUGAGGACUACUUCAUCAUGGAAUCCAUGGAUGCUGAUGAUGAAAUGUCCCCAAAUACAGCAAGGAGUUCUGUGAAUGUAAAUGUCUCCCCUCUUAAAAAUGGGUACCAGUUAGAAGAAAGGUGGGGCAAUGGAGAAGCAAAACAUACUGAACUUCACCACGACAGAAGAGAGGUGAAGCCAAGUGCUCAGGAAGCUGCUCAAGGUGUAGAGAAGACACUGGAGCCCAACACUCCAUCCCCCUCCCAGUGCAUCUGCAGCAUUAUGUUUGCUUCUCCAAGAGUCCACAUCCCCAGGAAGCCAAAGCCAAGGGAUAGCUGUGAGGUCCCCCUGGAUAAGCCUCUCACAGAUCAACUUGCUGGAAAAGCAGACAAAGAGAAACCUAUAUGCCUAACCAGUUGGAGAAUUAGAGUGCUGGAUGGUAACACUGCAGUGUGUGUUGAAGGAAAACGCAAAGAUAUGAGAGACCUGGUCUGGCACAGCAACGCUGUCCUGGAGCGCAUCGCGCGCAACCAGGUCAGGACAUCCUCUGGCAGGAUCUACGUGCUGGAGGGGAACAUAGAUUCUGCUUCGAUGAGGAAAGAAGGCUUCCCCUACCCCUUCAUCAAACGAUUCACUUAUGGCUUUCCCAAAAGGUGGAAGGAGUACGUUGGGGAGUUUCUGGAGGAGAGGAGGAGGAAAGAAAAGAAGCAGAAUACCGAUGAAAGUGAAGAUGAAGAGACAGACUCAGUGGUGAAUACGGAUGUGUUGAAAAAUGCCAAAAAUUCAGCAAAAGAUGUGAAGAGACCUGAAAUCCAGAACACCACCUAUCAAGUGUUACCGAAGAGCGACGAAAAUACCUACACAACCCCAAAACGCUUCUCCCCGCGGGGUGACUCGGAGAGAGUCUACACUCGGAGUGGCCGCCUCGUGAAACCGCCACUCAGCUUCUGGUGCGGGCAGCGGGAGCUGGUGGACCAGAAGCUCAACGUCACUAUAGAGGAAGGUGGAGUAGAUUACCUGAGCAUGAUGUUUAGUAGUGAAAAAUACCAAGGACUGGCCAGUUCCAAGAAGAAGAAUAAAAGAAAGGAAGUGACGAAGACAACUGAAGAGAUGCCAAAAAGCCGAAGUAAAGGGAAGAGCAGUGGCAAGGCAGGAGGGUCCCGGGGGGAAGCCAGGCCCGCGGGGGGCAGGGAGGUCAGGCGCUUCGUCUCCGAGGAUGAUGAAGGCAGUUCUGCAGACGUCCGAGGGAAAAGCAAACCAGGGCUUUCUGCGAAGCCGACUCCCCUGAACGCUGCAGGGCUCACUAAGCCCAACAGCAAGGUCCCAGGGGGCACACAGGACAGGAGAGGGACAGAACGUGGAGAGCUGGCGGCACAUCAGCGGCCCCACAGGUCCUCACGGCCAGACAAGCCACACCCAGACAGGCACCUGACAAACAGGCUGUCACGCAGAGAUGAAGAGGAGCAGUCCAGCGAAGACAGCCCACUAUCUGUCAAACGGAAAAACAAACUUUUGCUAAAACAGGAGGUGCUGAAACAGUCCUCCUCUAACGUCAGAAGUUCCCGGGAGGCUGCAGACAGGGCACAGAGUGCCCAGGGGGCUGGGAAGCGCUCCACUGCCUUCCGAGCUGCGCCGCCCAGGCUCAGGUCCAGCGGUGUUCCUGACUCAGGGGCAGGGAGAACACCUCCCAGGGAGUCUGGUGCUUCCCACCCGCCUGAGAAGGCAACGAGGGCAAGAAGCAGCAUCAACCCUCCGAGGUAUCUGCUCAAGUAUGACUCUGAGUAUGAAACCAGCGAAGAGGAACUCCAUGGAAAAGAAAAGAGUUCAAAAGUAUCGGAUAAAAAUGCAAAUUUUAAAGUUGCUAAUACUGCCAAGUCUUCAGCAGCAAAGUCAAAAAGAGACCCUGAGAGGGAAAAGGUGCAGAAAUCUCUAGAACUUUUUCCACAGGCAGAUGAUGGUUGGUCUGAGAAGGAAUUACAGAAGCUCUACAGGGCCGUGGCUUCCUUUCCCAAGCACAGGAACGGCUUCUGGAUGGAGGUGGCCAUGGCCGUGGGGUCCCGCUCGGCCGCGGAGUGCCAGCGCCAGUACCUGGGGCAGCAGGAGCAGGAGGGGCCCGAAGCACGCGCCAGGAGGAGCAGGGCACCGGGCACGGCGGAGCAGAGGGGUCCAAAGGAGCCGGCUGCAAUAACGGCCAAGGUGGGGACCCUCAAACGGAAGCAGCAGAUGAGAGACUUCCUGGAGCACCUGCCCAAGGACGACCACGAGGACAUCUUCACGGCGACGCCCUUCCAGAGCAGGCGGGUGAAG